AUGAGUCCCGUUCAAAAGAAAGCGCUAGUGGUUAUCUUUCCGGGAUUCAACAUCCUCGACGUGAGCGGCCCAGUCUCCGUCCUCUUCAACUCAGAUUUCGCCGUGAGCUACGCCGCGAAAGAUGAGCUCACAACCUCCCAAGAAAACAUGAUCGUCCGAAGGAACAUAUCCUUUGCCGAAGCCAAGCUUCGGAUGGACGACUAUGAAAUAUUAAUUGUCCCCGGUUCACGACCGACGAGCACCCUACCACUGUUACAGACCGACGAGAAUGACCGGUCAUCAGAGAUAAUCGAUUUCAUCUCCGGCUUUGCCUCGGACUUGGGUCACAAUGGCGUGCGACAACGCACUGUCCUGUCUGUUUGCAUUGGGGCCUAUUUCUUGGCUGCUGCCGGUGUGCUUGAUGGCCUUGUUGCGACUACGCACCGUCUUGCGGUGCCGGGGUUACGGAUUGCCGUUGCAAACUAUGUGGAGCGGCAUCCCGGGGCAAAGGGAACGAAGAUUGUUCCUGAGAGUCCUUCGGAUUUGGUUCCUUAUAUGGAUGCUGGGCGUAAUCCAUCUGGGGUGAGAGUCAUCACGAGUGGUCCGAUGGUUCAUGGCAUUGAUGCUGCGCUGCACUUUGUCAGUCUUUCUGCUGGUCGAUCGGUUUCGGUGGAGAUUGCGGAGCUUAUCGGGCAUCACUGGAGAGAGAUGUAG